CCGCUCGGCUCGGCUCGGGCGCAGCGACGGCGGUGCGCGCUUCCGCCUCGCGGGCCCUGGCCCGGUGCGAGCGGCCCCGCGAUGUGGCUCGGGCCGGAGGAGGUGCUGGUGGCCAAUGCGCUGUGGGUGACGGAGCGGGCCAACCCCUUCUUUGUGCUGCAGCGGCGCCGGGGCCACGGCAAGGGCGGCGGCCUCACGGGUCUUCUCGUGGGCACCCUGGACGUGGUCCUGGACUCCAGUGCCCGGGUGGCCCCUUACCGCAUCCUGCACCAGACCCAGGACUCACAGGUCUAUUGGACGGUGGCCUGUGGUUCUUCCCGCAAAGAGAUCACCAAACACUGGGAAUGGCUGGAAAACAACUUGCUUCAGACACUGUCCAUCUUCGACAGCGAGGAAGACAUCACCACCUUCGUCAAGGGCAAGAUACACGGUAUCAUUGCAGAAGAGAAUAAGAACCUGCAGCCCCAGGGGGAUGAGGACCCUGGGAAAUUUAAGGAGGCGGAGCUAAAGAUGCGGAAGCAGUUCGGCAUGCCAGAGGGCGAGAAGCUGGUCAACUACUACUCCUGUAGCUUCUGGAAGGGCCGAGUGCCACGGCAGGGCUGGCUCUACCUGACCGUCAACCACCUGUGCUUCUACUCCUUCCUGCUGGGGAAGGAAGUGAGCCUGGUGGUACAGUGGGUGGAUGUCACACGCCUAGAGAAGAACGCCACUCUGCUCUUCCCCGAGAGCAUACGUGUGGACACACGGGACCAGGAACUGUUCUUCUCCAUGUUCCUUAACAUCGGUGAGACCUUCAAGCUCAUGGAACAGCUGGCCAACCUGGCCAUGCGACAGCUGCUGGACAGUGAAGGCUUCCUGGAGGACAAGGCCCUGCCUAGGCCCAUCCGGCCGCAUAAGAACAUCUCAGCUCUAAAGCGAGACCUGGAUGCCCGAGCCAAGAACGAGUGCUACAGAGCCACGUUCCGGCUUCCCAAAGACGAGCGGCUGGACGGUCACACAGGCUGCACCCUGUGGACACCGUUUAACAAGCUGCACAUCCCCGGCCAGAUGUUCAUCUCCAAUAACUACAUCUGCUUUGCCAGCAAGGAGGAAGACGCGUGCCGUCUCAUCAUACCUCUGAGGGAGGUGACCAUCGUGGAGAAAGCUGACAGCUCCAGCGUCCUGCCCAGCCCUCUGUCCAUCAGCACCAAGAGUAAAAUGACCUUUCUGUUUGCCAACCUGAAAGACCGCGACUUCCUGGUUCAGAGGAUCUCUGACUUCCUCCAGAAAACUCCAUCCAAGCAGCUAGGCGGCAGCACUGGGGGGGCAAAGGCCAGUAUUGCCGACCCAGGCCCAGAGUCUCUCCCAGCUCCUCGUGAGGCAUCGGAACCACCCACCAACCCAUCCUCUCCCCUCAGCAGCCCUCCGAGUUUCAAUACACGAGAGGUUCCUACUGCUUCCCAGGGCCUGCUCAAAGUCUUCCAAAAAAACGCACCCAUGGAGGACCUUGGCGCCAAAGGGGCCAAGGAGAAGAUGAAGGAGGAAUCGUGGAGCAUCCACUUCUUUGAGUACGGGCGGGGCAUGUGCAUGUACCGAACAGCCAAGACCCGGGAGCUGGUCCUGAAGGGCAUCCCCGAGAGCCUCCGCGGGGAGCUUUGGCUUCUCUUCUCCGGGGCCUGGAAUGAGAUGGUGACCCAUCCUGGCUACUACGCUGAGCUAGUGGAGAAGUCCAUGGGAAAAUACAGCCUGGCUACCGAGGAGAUUGAGCGCGACCUCCACCGCUCCAUGCCUGAGCACCCUGCUUUCCAGAAUGAGCUUGGAAUCGCUGCGCUUCGGCGAGUGCUGACUGCCUAUGCGUUCCGAAACCCUACCAUUGGCUACUGCCAGGCAAUGAACAUCGUGACCUCGGUGCUCCUGCUCUAUGGCAGUGAGGAGGAAGCCUUCUGGCUGCUGGUGGCCCUGUGUGAACGCAUGCUGCCCGAUUACUACAACACCAGGGUAGUGGGAGCCCUCGUAGACCAAGGCAUCUUUGAAGAGCUCACAAGAGACAUUCUGCCCCGGCUGUCAGAGAAGAUGCAGGAGCUGGGCGUGAUCUCCAGCAUCUCUCUGUCCUGGUUCUUGACUCUCUUCCUCAGCGUCAUGCCCUUUGAGAGUGCCGUGGUCAUUGUUGACUGCUUUUUCUAUGAGGGCAUCAAGGUGAUCUUGCAGGUAGCCCUGGCUGUGCUGGAUGCCAACAUGGAACAGCUCCUGGACUGCAGUGACGAGGGCGAGGCCAUGACCGUGCUGGGCAGAUACCUGGACAAUGUGGUCAACAGGCAGAGCAUUUCCCCACCCAUCCCACACCUUCACGCCUUGCUGACCAGUGGAGAUGACCCCCCUACAGAAGUGGACAUCUUUGACCUCCUGAAAGUGUCCUAUGAGAAGUUCAGCAGCCUGAGGGCUGACGACAUUGAACAGAUGCGGUUUAAACAGAGGCUGAAGGUGAUCCAGUCCUUAGAAGACACAGCCAAGAGAAGCGUGGUCCGAGCCAUACCAGGGGACAUUGGCUUCUCCAUUGAAGAGCUGGAGGAUCUUUACAUGGUGUUUAAGGCCAAGCAUCUUGCAAGCCAGUAUUGGGGUGGUAGCCGCUCAGCCGCCAUCCACCGGGACCCCAGCCUGCCCUACCUGGAGCAGUACCGGAUCGAUUCCAGCCAGUUUCGGGAGCUCUUUGCCAGCCUGACACCCUGGGCCUGUGGCUCUCACACGCCUGUGCUGGCAGGUCGCAUGUUCCGCCUCCUGGACCAAAACAAGGACUCACUGAUCAACUUCAAGGAGUUUGUGACGGGGAUGAGUGGAAUGUACCAUGGAGACCUUACAGAGAAGCUCAAAGCACUGUACAAGCUGCACCUGCCCCCAGCUCUGAUCCCGGAGGAGGCGGAGUCAGCCCUGGAGGCCACUCAUUAUUUCACAGAGGAUAGUUCUUCAGAAGCAUCUCCUCUGGCCUCAGAUCUGGAUCUUUUCCUACCCUGGGAGGCACAAGAAGCACCAGCACAGGAGCAGCAGGAAGGAAGUGGAAAUGAGGACGUCCAGGAAAGAAGAGAGGAGAAGGGCACGAGCCCUCCGGACUACCGACACUACCUUCGAUUAUGGGCUAAGGAGAAAGAGGCCCAGAAGGAAACCAUUAAGGACCUUCCCAAGAUGAACCAGGAGCAAUUCAUUGAGCUGUGUAAGACACUUUACAACAUGUUUAGCGAAGACCCCAGGGAGCAGGACUUGUAUCAUGCCAUCGCCACCGUGGCCAGCCUUCUCCUCCGCAUUGGUGAGGUGGGGAAGAAAUUUUCGGCCCGGACAGCCAAGAAGCCCAGGGACGGUGCCCACAGCGGGGACCACAACAGUGCCACAGAGGAAGAUGAGCCACCCAUAGCCAAACCUCAUCAGGACCCAACACGGGAAUGCCAUCCACCAGUGGCAGGGGACCCCCAGGCCAAAGGCAGCGGGGACACUCAUCUGGGGAAAGCUCUGCACGACAGUCAUGUGAUAGUGGAAGGUGGCAGUGGCGAGGGGCAGGGCUCUCCUUCCCUACUUUUGUCUGAUGACGAAACCAAAGACGACAUGUCCAUGUCCUCCUACUCCGUCGUUAGCACAGGCUCCCUGCAGUGUGAGGACCUCACAGAUGACACAGUGCUGGUGGGAGGGGAAGCCUACAGCCCCACCGCCACCUCACGUAUCGGGGGCACUGUGGACACGGACUGGUGCAUUUCCUUCGAGCAGAUCCUGGCCUCCGUCCUAACAGAGUCCGUGCUGGUGAACUUCUUUGAGAAGAGGGUGGACAUCAGACUCAAGAUCAAGGACCAAAAGAAGGUGGAGAGGCAGUUCAGCACCUCCAGUGACCACGAGCCCCCUGGGGUCUCAGGCUAAGCUGUGGCAUGGAAGCUGGUCUCUGUCUCCUCCCUUUAUGUCUGUUUCCUUCUUAAAGACACACCCGCUCUUGGAGCAGGGGCCACAGAAGCAAAGGUCAGGUCAACACAGACUUCGUUGCCUUACAAGGACCCUGGGCCAGGGCACCUUCUUCCUCCCUGUGUCCGGGAGCCUGGAGAACCUGCCUUGAGCCUGCCGUUCCCGUAGCAUUAGAGGCCUUUGGAUCUGCCCCUGCCUGUUUUUUGUCCCUGCAAACCCAUGCUAUGCACACACUACACCAGUUGUUCCAUUUAUGGAAAGACCUACAGCCCUGUGGCCUGGCUACCAGUUGUCACUUGGUCAUGUGCUUGGGCUCCAAAAGAUGGAACUUCUAGGCACCCUCUGAGCUGUGGUCUUGGGACUGAGGAACUCAGUGCCUGUUGUACUGGCAGAAGCCUUGCACUGCACUCCUAAUUUAUGAGGUUUCCAUUCCUCCAUGUCAUUAACUUACAGUAUCCCUCAGGUCCUCUAUUCCCUCUCCCUCAUUUAGUUGGCAAACUCACACUGUGCUCAAUGCCUUAAUAAAUCCCUAAAAGAAAGAGAAA